ACACAAAAGCUCCGCUGAUGACGUGUAAACUCCUCUAACGUUAGCUACCAAGCUAACAGAGCCGCUUGUCACAAUUAAAACUGUUAUAACAAAAUAACGCGAUAAAGUAAAGGGAGGGCGAAGCGUUUCUUAGAUCGGGAAAAAUGGAGACGCUUUACCACCAGACCAACAAGCAAAUCCAGGAGGUUCAGUCUCUAAUGGGAAAUCUGGAAAAGACAGACCGCCAGUCAGUUCACUUGUUAGAAAAUGAACUGCAAGCUAGAAUCGACCAGAUCUUCAAUCAUUUAGAACGCCUUGAGAUCCUGGCCAGCAAGGAACCGCCAAACCGCCGCCAGAAUGCCAAAUUACGAGUGGACCAGCUCAAGUAUGAUGUCCAGCACCUCCGGAGUGCCCUGCAAAAUUUCCAGCACAGACGCUAUGCCAGAGAGGCCCAGGAGAGAGAGAGGGAGGAACUCAUGAGCCGCACCUUCACCACGAAUGACGCAGAUACCUCCAUCCCCAUAGAUGAGACCCUACAGUUUAACUCCAACUUGCACAACGCACACAGAGGCAUUGAUGACCUCCUCGGCAGUGGCAGCAGCAUCCUUAAUGGUCUCAGAGAUCAGAGAUCUACGCUAAAGGGAACUCAUAAGAAGAUGCUGGAUGUGGCUAACAUGUUGGGGCUGUCAAACACAGUGAUGAGACUUAUAGAAAGGCGAGCCACCCAAGAUAAGUUCAUCAUGAUUGGAGGCAUGCUGCUGACCUGCGUCUUCAUGUUCCUGGUAAUCAGAUACCUGGGCUGACCUCAGACCAUCCACCAGGGCGGCUUUUUGAUCAGUCGUGGACAUUUCUGCAGCACAUCGUCCCUCAUGAUAUGAAUUUCUAACAUUAAAACCAACUUUCACAA